GCACCAUUUCUGGUUCAGGCCCGUCUCCACCUGCGCGUCCGUUCCGCCUCCACUGACCCACACUCCUCCACUCGCUCGCCCCACUCCUUCCUGCUCCUUUAACCCCCGCGCCGCGCCGCGCCGGGCGCCGGCGACUCGCCUCUCCACUCCACCGGUUCCACGCCCCCACGCUGCUCUCCACGCGCUGCCGCUCAAUGGCGGGAGCCGGGGCGUCGUCGGCGUGGGGCCCGAGCCCGGCGCUGGUGACCGCGCUCGUGGCGCUGCUGGGGCUCGGCCUCGCCGCCUACAUCGUGGGCCCGCAGCUCUACUGGCACGCCGCGGAGGCACUCACGGCGGCCGGGGCGUGCCCCGCAUGCGACUGCAACUGCGACGCGCGCCCGCUCCUCGACCUCCCGGAAGACUGUGCCAAACAAUUCAAAGGGGUUAAGAGUCGUGCGACUGGUGAAGAAACAGAAAAGAGUUUCACAGAGCUACUUAUAGAAGAACUGAGGCAGAGAGAAGAGGAGGCAACACAAGCUCAGCAAGAGGCUGAUGUAAAGUUGCUCGAGGCCAAAAAGUUAGCUUCGCAGUACCAAAAGGAGGCUGACAAAUGCAGCUCCGGUAUGGAUACCUGCGAAGAAGCUAGGGAGAAAUCAGCGGAAGCAUUGGUCGAACAAAAGAAACUGACUUCUUUGUGGGAGCAAAGGGCUCGGGAACUAGGAUGGAAACCUGAGAAUACAAGGCACACCUAAAGUAGUAAAUCUAAUACGCUAGCAGAUGGCGCUGGAUACAUUUGUGUAGCAACAGGCAUCUUGUUGCAAAUACGGCCCACAAAGAGCUUGAGUUGCUAGAGGAAACUAGUGGGUUCCCUGUUGGCAGACUCAUGCCACGGGCUUAUUUGUCCAUAGUAAAACUAUAUUCAGUCUGUAGUAUAUUUCCCUUGCUGUUUGUGAGCACUGUGUUAAGAUGGUCAUAGGAUUACACUAAUCUGCAUUUAGGCCAUGAAGGUUUCAUUAGUUAUUAUCUGGAUGUUCUAAAAAGGAAGAGCUAUUGUUUGUGGAUGGUGAAAUUGUCUCGAUGUUAAAAGAAAAGAAGAAAAAAUAUUGCCUGUGUAUGAUGGUAUUGAUAAAGAAGUUGUCUGCAGUUUUGUUCGGGUU